GCCCGGGGGCGGGGCGGGGCGGGGCGAGUCGUCCGAGCGCGCCAUGGCCGCCCUGCGCGUCCUGCUGCCCGGCUUCCGCGGCACGCUGCGGCCUCUCGUCUUCUGCCCCGCGCCGCGGCCCCUCGCCUCCGGUGCUAACUUUGAGUACAUCAUCACAGAAAAAAAGGGGAAGAAUAACACUGUGGGACUGAUCCGGCUGAACCGCCCCAAAGCACUCAAUGCGCUUUGCAAUGGCCUGAUUGAGGAGCUCAACCAGGCACUGGAGACCUUCGAGAAGGACCCAGCCGUGGGGGCCAUCGUCCUCACUGGUGGGGACAAGGCGUUCGCAGCUGGAGCCGAUAUCAAAGAAAUGCAGAACCGGACGUUCCAGGACUGUUACUCCAGCAAAUUCUUGAGCCACUGGGACCAACUCACCCGGGUCAAGAAACCCGUCAUUGCUGCUGUCAAUGGCUAUGCCCUUGGUGGGGGCUGUGAGCUCGCCAUGAUGUGUGACAUCAUCUACGCUGGUGAGAAAGCCCAGUUUGCACAGCCGGAAAUCUUACUCGGAACCAUCCCAGGUGCGGGCGGUACCCAGAGACUCACUCGUGCAGUCGGGAAGUCACUGGCGAUGGAGAUGGUCCUCACUGGUGACCGGAUCUCGGCCCAAGAGGCCAAGCAAGCAGGUCUUGUCAGCAAGAUUUUUCCUGUUGAGACUCUGGUUGAAGAAGCCAUCCAGUGUGCAGAAAAGAUUGCCAGCAACUCUAAAAUCAUAGCAGCAAUGGCCAAAGAAUCGGUGAAUGCAGCUUUCGAAAUGACAUUAACGGAAGGAAAUAAGUUGGAGAAGAAACUCUUUUAUUCAACCUUUGCCACCGAUGACCGGAAAGAAGGGAUGACUGCGUUUGUGGAAAAGAGAAAGGCCAACUUCAGAGACCAGUGAGCCCCGGCCGCCUGCCUCAGACCUGCUUCGAGAGCAAGAGUGCAGCCUUCCAGUCUUAAGAGCAAGUCAGUCGUCCCCCUCUGCAGGGCUGUAGAGGUGACAGGCAGCAUGCCUCCCACUGCUGUGUGGCUGCCGUGUGCUCCCAUGGGCCACAGACACCCUCAGCCAGCCGUGUGAGGGCCCGGUGUUCACAUGCUGUCACAGUUGGAAGACCUGGCUGCUCAGGGGCCACUGUCUGCUGCCCAACACCAGUGUCCUGUGAUUAAAGUGACAGCUUUUCAUUCAA